UAUAACGAUCAGUUCGUCUAACCAGCGGUAUUGUUCAAGCAGGGAAAUAUUAAUCUUUGGAUGUAUGGGACAGAGAUUAAUGCUCUCGUUAUCUAAACCGCAGAUAAAUAGUGAAUAACCAGCGGUCAGAGCUCGGUUAGCCGUUCCAAGCUCACAGCAAGGAUUGACAAUUGUGAGGCCUUGGGAGUUUGUUUUUAGGAGUUCAACGUCGCAAUUCCUUCAAAGGGCUAAGAUAGACAUUAUCGACGAUCAAUUUUGUGAAGUCGGCAGAAGUUUUCUAUCGUGUGGCUCAACAAAGAUGCUUGUGGCUAUCAAAGUGCAGUGAAGUGAACCCGUAAAGGAAGCGAUUAAUAAAGGAUGAAACGACAGCAUGAAGACGCCGGAAGGGAAGGUGAUUGUCCGGUGGCGAUGGGGCUGGAGACAGGGAAAGGGAAGAUGGUCCCGAUGAUGACGACGGGCGACGGAGAGUGCGGCGUGGACGAGUUGCUUGCGGCGCUCGGCUAUAAGGUGCGGGCGUCGGACAUGGCGGAUGUCGCCCAUAAGCUGGAGCAGCUGGACGUCGCCAUGUCCAGCGACGACGCCUCUCAUUUCCCGCAGUUCGCUUCAGAUACCGUUCACUAUGAUCCUUCUGAUCUCUCCACCUGGCUCGACAGCAUGCUCUGCGAGGUCAACUCGCCGCUUCCCACUCUCCUCCCUUCGCCAACCGCCACAGCUCACUGUAGUAACGGUCACAGCUUGAGUAUCUCCUCCAACUCUACCGUCACGAAGGACUCUACUGCUGCUCCCCCGAGCGCAUCUGGCGUAUACGACUUUGAGCCCGUCCCCUCACCGGCUGCCGCCUCCGUUGGGCGGGUUGUUUAUGAAACGGAUCCUCAAUCUGAGAAGAUCUUGUCUCCCAGAGAUUCGAAGCGGAUAAGGACUUGCUCGUCUUCGUCUUCUUCUGGUGGACCGACGAAAGAGGUGGCCUCGUUUCUGAAACAAGCAACAGCGGCGCUUCCAGUGGUGGUGGUGGACACACAAGAGACAGGGAUCCGUUUGGUGCAUGCCCUGCUUGCCUGCGGGGAGGCGGUGCAGCAGGAGAACUUGAAUGCGGCGGACGCCCUGGUAAAGCAGAUCUCGGUGCUCGCUGCCUUCCAACGUGGCCCGAUGAGGAAGGUGGCCGGCUACUUUGCGGAGGCCCUCGCGCGCCGGAUCUACCGACAUAAUCCCCUUCCCCAAGCGGAUCGCGUCGCCCUCGACUUCCUCCACUCGCACUUCUACGAGAGCGCGCCUUACCUCAAGUUCGCCCACUUCACAGCCAAUCAGGCCAUCCUCGAGGCUUUCGCCGGCUGCCACCGUGUGCACGUCGUCGACUUCGGGCUGAAGCAGGGGAUGCAGUGGCCGGCUCUGCUCCAGGCGCUCGCCCUUCGGCCAGGCGGACCGCCGUCUUUCCGCCUCACCGGAAUUGGGCCGCCGCAGACGGACAACUCCGACGAGCUACAGGAGGUGGGCUGGAAGCUGACUAUGCUCUCGGAGAAUAUCGGCAUCGAUUUCCACUUCCGCGGCUUUUUAGCCUCGAGCCUCGCGGAUAUCGAGCCCCAGAUGCUGCUCGAGCCGGAGGGCAAGAAAGGCGAACGCGAUGGAGGGGACGAGGCGGUGGCCGUGAACUCAGUGAUGGAGCUUCAUCAGCUUCUGGCACGGCCGGGGGCGGUGGAGAAAGUAUUAGGGACGGCGAGGGCUCUGCGACCGCGCAUCAUGACGGUGGUGGAGGAGGAGGCGAACCACAACGGGAGAACGUUCCUGGAGCGCUUCACAGAGUCGUUGCACUACUACUCGAGCAUGUUCGACUCACUUGAUAACGGCGCCAAUGGCGAGGCGGAGGAGGAGAUAGAGGAGCAGCGGCGGCACCGGGAGAUGGCGGAUGCCUACUUGGGGCGGCAGAUCUGCAACGUGGUGGCGAGCGAGGGAAUGGAUCGGACGGAGCGACACGAGACGCUCGGGCGAUGGCGAGAGCGAAUGGCGCAGGCCGGGUUCGAGCCCGUGCACUUGGGAUCGAACGCCUUCAAGCAAGCAAAUAUGCUUCUCGCGCUCUACGCCAGCGGCGAUGGAUUCCGGGUGGAGGAGGCGGAGGGCUGCCUCACCCUCGGCUGGCACACCCGCCCACUAAUCGCAACCUCCGCCUGGCGCAUCGGUGCGGCCGCCGCCAUCCGUUGACCGAGACGUCGCUGUCGCGCGAGCAUCUCUGGUCAUCUCCGUGCGGCGCCACCGUAUCGGGCGGGCCCAUCGCGUCAAAAUGUCCUCAGUUAUUGACGGGGAAUGGCAGAGUUUGGUGGCGUGUCUGUUCCGACUCCCGUACCUUUUUCCCCCAAAUAAAAAAAUUUAAGAUGUUUUUGCUGUUAGAGCGAUUGUAGAUCUCAAUGUGAAAUCGUGAUGGCGUAAUUUGUGGUAACUCAGGUACCAAUAAGAUGGGCAAAUUUUGAGCA